CAUCAGGAAUGAAGGCCGGAGCCGCUCGACGUCAAAAUCUGAGUACCGAACACCUAGCAGCCUAGGGGGUCGCCGUCCCGCCGAAGGUCACCGCCACGCCGGCCGACAGCUGGCCGGGAGCGUUCUGUGAACCCGGACGCCCUCUGCGCUUGGGACCGCCGCGCCAGCGGGGCGAAGUGGCCAGCGACCCCGGCCCGCAGCGCCCAAGCGGCCCGACCCACCUGCCUCAUCCGCUCCGUCUUCGCCCGCGUCCGCGCAGGCCCGCGCCGGGGCCCAGCCGAGCUGCGCCGCCGCCAAGGCCGCCGCCCUGUCAACGCCUGGCGCGCCGCCGCGCGGGGGUCGGCCCCGGGCCCGGCCGCCGCAGCUGCCGCCCGAGCCCCCGCGCGGCCGCGCCGGCCCCGGAGACAGGAAGCGGCCGAGCCGGUCCCGCUUCAUGGCGGCGGCCGCCACUACAGCCCCGCCGAGUGACUCGGGACGCCUCGGGGGGACUCGGCUGCGCUCGACUCUGCUCGCUCAGGGCCGCUCGUCCCCCUCGGGCCCGCUCGGCUCCGCUCGACCCCUCUCGGGCCCGCUCGGCUCCGCUCGGGCACUCUCGACUCGCCGGGCCUGCUCCCUCGGCCCCGCUCGGCCCCACGCUGCGAAGGUCCGCUCGGUCCCGCGCGGUUCCGCUCCGCCCCACUCGCCGGCGCGCUUAGUUCGGCUUGACCCAGCCGUUCAGCGUCUCCGGACCCGACACCGGCGAGGCAGGGAACGCGUCCUGUCCGGCCGAGGACCACACUGCCCGCCGCUGCCACCGCGGGUCUGGCCUCGGGAGGACAAGAGUCGCUUGGAACUCGUGACAAACCCGGGGGAAGCGCGCCGGCCCUCCUGCCUUAGCGCGGGCGGCCGAGAGGCCGAGCGGCCGCAGACGCAGAGGUGCGGGUUGCUGCUCUUAAAGGCUCUCGGCAGCCACGCGAGGAGGCUCUCUCCACCAAUCUCCUGGUCUGGAUGGGGAGAGGGCCCGCCCCGGACCGCUGACAGGACCCGCCCCCGCGCCCGGCUCCCUCCACCUGAGGGGCCGAGGCCUGCUCAGUGGGGCGGGGGCGGGCAGCCGGAAGUGAGCCGCGCCCCUUCCGGCAGUACGCAACUCCGGUGGCUCCCGCGGCCGCGCGUAUUGGGUUCCGGCCGGCGGCCUCUCGCCCGGCCCCUCGGCCGCCGCCGCCGCCGCCACCGCCGCCUCCUCCCCUGCCCGGUGCUAUGGCCGCUGCGGCCGGGGACAGCGCGGCGAGGCCGCUACAGAGUGCCAUGAAACUGGCCAACGGGGCCAUCGAGCUGGACGCUGGCAACCGGCCCCGGACAAUCCGGGACGAACCCCGAGCAGGCCGCCUGCCGGCUCGCGGGCGACGCGGAGGUCGUUUGGAAGGAAAUGCAGGCAGGGAGGGGUGUGACUUGACCUGAGAAGGGUUGCCACCCAGAGGACGGCGACCAGGACAUAUUUUUCUUAAGCAAGUGAAUGGUGGUUGUGCUGCACAGGAAGGAAACUUGUUGCACAGAGUGAAAAAUGGCAUCAGCUGCUGAAGCUGCUUCCCACGGCCACUGAAUGAAUCAGUUCUUUCCUGUGCUGGAGAGAAAGGCAGUGAGAGGGAGCUUGAUGCCCAGGUGGUCCCGGCUCUCACUGCCCAGUGCAGACGUUGUAGAACGAAGCCCUCCGGCAUCAUUCUCAGGCAUCUUUUCCUUCAAGUCUGGACAGUAGGGAUACUGUCUGCCCCAGGAGGCAUACACAGAAUACCUGAGGAGCAUCCACUACAUCUCGCAGGCUUUACUGGAAGAAGCUGAAACAAAUCAAGAAGCCAGUGAGACUGUACCCCCUGACACCUCAAAGAUGCUGAAGCUAGCUGGGCAGUGUCUGGAGCGGGCACAGUCAACAGCUGCCAAGCUCGGAAAAAUGCACCUGAAGCCGGCCAUGCCCGUGGCUGCCCCAGUCCCCUCACCUGCCAGUCGACACCGCCGGGUGUGUUCAGAUGAAGGAGGGAAGCUUUCUCCUUUUCUGCCACCUGAGAUCUUCCAGAAACUCCAGGUGGUAGACUCACAAAGCUCUAAGAAAGAGCUGACACCCCUGGAGGAAGCUUCCCUGCAGAACCAGAAGCUGAAGGCUACUUACGAGGCCAGGAUGGCCCGUCUGGACCCCAGCCAGGCCAUGCAGAAGACGUCAUUGACUCUGUCUCUACAGCGGCAGAUGAUGGAGAAUCUGGUGAUCGCCAAAGCCCGGGAGGAGACACUCCAGCGGAAGAUGGAGGAGCGCCGCCUGCGGCUUCAGGAGGCUGCCAACAGGAGGUUCUGCAGUCAGGUUGCCCUGACCCCAGAGGAGCGGGAACAGCGGGCUCUCUAUGCAGCCAUCCUCGAGUACGAGCAAGACCACGACUGGCCAAAGCACUGGAAGACCAAACUCAAGAGGAAUCCAGGGGACCUAUCUCUGGUGACCAACCUGGUCUCCCACCUGCUCAGCCUUCCUGACCACCCCAUCUCGCAGCUCCUCAAGAAGCUCCAGUGUGCGGUGUACAGUGCCCUCUACCCCGUUGUGAGCCAGGGCGCCCUCAGCACUGCGUCUGCCCCAGGUGCCGAUGUGCUGCUGGCCCCUGGGAGCCGGCGGCUUCGGUCCUCCCAGAGCCUCUACUGCAUGCUCUCCCCUCCAGAGUCCAGCGUGGCUCCAAGGCCCCAGGAUGGACCCCCUGCCAUGCUCACCAUGCCCCCACUCAACCCCAGGCCCCUGGACAGAGGGGCAGACAGCAGCCCAGCUGGGCCUCGCUCACCCCUGACGGAUGCCUCAGCCUGCCUGCCAGACAAGGACAGCUCCUUCGAGGACCUGGAGCAGUUUCUGGCUAUGUCUGAGAGGUGGGGCUGGGGUCCUGGGGGACAGCCCGAGCCACAGACCCCAGGAGCGAAGAGGGAGUCCUUGCUGGAGUGCCUGAAGAGCACAGUGAGGGACAUACACAAUGCCGUCGACCCCUUAGCUACACUGGAGCAGCAUAGGAUGCCAGCCCCAGGGAGGAGGUGCAGGAAGGGCUCUGGCCUCAGACUCCCUGCUGCCCCAGGCUGCACCCACCCAGCAUGGCAGGGGUGGGCACGGGGAAUUAAAGACAGGCUGCUGUCGCUGACCCUUCUGGCCUUCGAGAGCCUGAACACAGCCACCUGCAAGGACCGCUGCCUGGCGUGCAUUGAGGAGCCCUUCUUCUCCCCACUGUGGCCCCUGCUGCUGGCCCUCUACAGGAGUGUGCACUGCACCCAGGAAGCUGCCCUGAGGAGGAGCAUGGAGCUCUACAGGAAUGCACCUCCCACAGCCCUCGGCAUCCCCGCCAAGCUCCUCCCCCAGCACCCUGAGGCCCAGGGGGCCACCACCUACCCCUACAGCACCGCAGUCCAGGAGCUGGGACUGCUGGUCCUCGAGAGCUGCCCCCAGAAGAAGCUGGAGUGCAUUGGCAUCUGUGCCACAGUGCGGACCCUGCGGGCCAUCUGCGUCUGUGCAGAGGAGUACUGCCAUGCCCAGGAAGCCACGCACCAGGCCAGCUCCCAACCCCCGGCCGCUGCCAUUGGUGCUGAUGACCUGCUGCCCAUUCUGUCCUUCGUGGUGCUGAGGAGUGGGCUUCCCCAGCUGGUGUCUGAGUGUGCUGCCCUGGAGGAAUUCACCCAUGAGGGCUACCUGAUUGGAGAGGAGGGCUACUGCCUGACAUCACUGCAGAGCGCCCUGAGUUACGUGGAACUGCUGCCCCGGGGGGCCCUGGGCAAGUAGUGGAGGCCAGGCCCCAGGGACCCGAAGCCACAGGACCACUGAAGACAGCCUGUGGCCUCCAUGCUGCCUUGCACACCUGGCCCUGGGGUGGGGAAUGGGCCAGAUGUGCAGAGGUCUCCUGCUCUUCCCCUUUCUAACAUCUGCCCCAGAGGCGCUAGGCAGCUGCUUCUCCCAACAGAAUCAGCCUCUGAGCCGGCCCUGCUCUGUUCUCCGCUGGCCUCAGACCCAGUAAAGGGAAACUGGAGCUAUUACUUUCCUGGGGCCUGCACACCCCUGGCAAGGCCUCCAGCAUUGUGCAACUGGCAGGCUCAACCCACCUCCCAACACUAAAGUGGCCCUUACAAGGCAGGGAGGCAGGAGCCUGGCCAGAGCAGCAGUCCCCCUCCCCCAGAACAGUUAAAGCACUUCUGAGCCAGUUUCUUGCCAGAGCCUGCCAGUCCCCACCCCAGUAGCUUGGGCAUGGUGGUAUGGGACUGUGAUUGAUUGGACAGCAGCUGCCCUGCUCACUUGUGUUGGUCUGGGUUUUCCUGUCCUGAGUUUGGGGCUCUGACACUUCCCUGCCCCUGGCUCACUUUGGUAGUGGGUGAUGAAUAUUCCAGGGCCCCUGUCCAGCUCCCACCUCUGUAUAGCUUCUCCCUGGCCAGUGUGAGCCCAAGGGUCACCUGACUGCCACACGCCCUGUGUGGCCACCAACCUGGCCUAAAAUAAAGAGUCGCUGCUGUCUGAC